AGAUCAGGAGCCUGAGAGAGAGUGUGUGUGUGUAUGGGAUUGGAAUGAGACUGUGUAAACAGUGGGACAGACAAAUCUCCGGCGGAGCUGAUAUCUCUCUGUUGAUCUCUCAAUCCUGAAAGUCCAGUUUUUUUUGUUAAACCUGAGUAUCCUCGGUGUAUGUACUCUGUCUGUCUUUGCUACUAGUUCACUUUAAGCAGGCGUGUCUGCUCAAAGUGUCUGGCAAAGGAAACUGAGUGGAAUUUCUCUCUUGAUAAACACAGAGACAGAAAGAGAGAAUAAGCUCGAAUCUUGCAAUUUGCAGGAACGGGUGCCCCGGACAAUAUGCACUGGCACUGUCGGACUUAAAUUAACAGUAUAUAAUUGUGGAGGAGCGAGAAAUCAUCGAAAUUCCUUAUGAAGGAGGCAAAUACUUUAAUAAACAGCGUGAUUUACCUGCACUUGUUUCUGCCCACCAUAUUUGGAGGACCUAUAUGCAAAACAGGCAACCCAGUGACUGAUGAUAUAAAGCUUAUUGAUGAAUUGGUUGGAAACUUGCCAAAUGAUUACAAAAUCCAGAUAAAGUAUAUUUCUAAAGUCCCUAAUGUGACUGAUACAUGUUGGCUGCAUUUAACAGUGCCUGAAAUGUCAUUCAGCUUGGAUGUACUUCUCGAAAAGUUUGCCAAGAAUUCGUCAAAUUAUUUAAUUAUCGAAAAUCUGCACCGGAUUCUGGAUGGUAUCCACAACUGCCUAUCCGACGAAAGGAAGGACUAUCACGAAGAAUCUGAGUUCAGUUGUGAAAAGUCCAAUCUGGAGCCUAAGCAAUACUUCAGUUACUUCAGUGAAAUCAUUACUGCUUUCCAAUUAGCAGAGGAUACCAAUCCAUGUGAUGCAGAGGCUAUCUGCAGGCCGAUAGAGCCACCAGACGCAGGGCGUGGCUCCAACUCCACUGCACAUACUCUGGAGCAGACAAAUAAAACCCGUGCACCAAAGUGUGAACGCACACAUCCGGAGCUGGGUAGGCUGGUCCGUGCUAAAAGACACUCUCUCACAGCCAAAGAGACAACUGCAGAAACAGGAGAUCCAAAUACUGUGAAAGGACAAUGUGCUAGCUGUGUCACAUCAGUCGACUAUUUACCCGCUAUUGGAAUCAGCAUUGUUUGCACUGUGAUCAUCACUACAUUUCUCACAUAUCUGGUUAUCAGAGUGCAGAAGCACUGCGAAAGAAACAGAAGAAUUAGAAAUUACCAGACAGACGUAGAACAGGAACAGAACAGGGAAGGGAUUGAACAACAAGGCCAAUUCAUCCUUGAAAAUCAAGAAUCUCUUACAUAAAGUCAAUAACUGAUAAUGGGGUACCCAGUUUUAACUGGAGGAAAUUUCUCUACACAUGUAAUAUAUCUAUUUGACAUGAAGUAAGGAUUGGGAUUGGUGCAAUGAGUCACUGGAACUCCUCUGGCAUCCUACUUACAGGAACGUCCGCCCAGAAAGUGAAGCAGAUAUGUUGGCUGGACAGAGUGUGUGUGUGUUUUCAGAGUGGAAGCCUUCUUAAUAUCGUCCCUAUUUGCCAAGUACAAUGUAUCUCCAUCAGACUGCAACAUGUAGACAGACGCAGUGAAACUAACUGAGAGGUCAUCAUUGGAACUGAAAGAGGAAGCAGAAAGUAAGCAGAGGCUGAUAUCCUGUGAGGAUUAUUAAUAGUGCAAAAAUAUACACUGGGCUUUCACAGGCAUUAGUUUAACUCCACAUAAUUUAUUACACGUAGUGACUGGGUUACGUUAUUUCAUGAAAAGAACAAGGACAGUCUCUCAAUGUUGAUUCUGAAGGAUAGAUUAUUUCAGCUAAAAUUAACUCAAGUAAAUCUGUUUUAAGAUGGUUUUCUUGCUGGAGUGUUAGACAGAAGGGAAAAAAAAACAACUUUCUGCCCAUAUCCAUUCUGCUCAUUAAUUGUUUUGUUGUUUGUGGCAGCUUACUGUGCAGAAAGUGGUACAUUUUCUGUUGGUGACGCAGUGGCGUAUUGAUAAUGUCACCAUAACCCCAGUUCUAAUGUUCUGGGGACAGGGGUUUGAUGGUGAAAUUUAAAUUCAGUAAAAAAUUUAAUCUAAUGGUUACCAAGAAACCAUUGUUUUAAAACCCAUCUGGUUCACUAAUAUCCUUUUAAGGAAAGGAAAUCUGCUGUCUUUUACUUGAUCUGGUCUAUGUGAGACUCCAGACCCACAGCGAUUCUUAACUAUCCUCUGAGCAUUUAGGGAUGGGCAAUAAAUACUGUCCAGCAAGCGAUGCCCACAUCCCAUGAAUGAAUAAAAGUAAUACUGGACUGAUUACUCUUCAAAACUACCGAAUUGACUGAAAGAUGCUUUACAAGUUCACAUAUCUGCUGUUUCACCUGGUUGACAACUUGUGGCUUAGUGGGUCACACUCUCACCUGAGCCAGAAUAAGACUACAGAUUUGGCCACAGAAGUGCAGUACUGAGGGAGGGCUGUACUGUCAGGGGUGCUGUCUGUUGGAUGUGGCACUAAACUGAGCUAUUAUCUGCCCUUUUGAGAGGAUGUGACAAAAAUGCUAUUCGAGAAUGGGCAAGGGAAAGUUUUCUGUAGCCUGACUAGUUACUUAACCAAGAUGUCUUUUCAUGUAUUACAACACUGUAAACAGAAUUUUAAUGGCUAUGGAACUUUUUGUGGCAUUUUGACGCUGAGAAAGAAGCUCUUUCAUUCUGAGCAGUGAGUACAGCUUUGGCUUUCAAUUAUCACAUUUUAACCACAAAGUACCAGAGACUGGCAACAGUUAGACAUUGAAGCAAGUAAGAACAAGCCUGUGAGGAAUCUUUCCAAAUGGGUCCAAGAGCCAUUAGACUGAACUGCUGAACUUGUUAUAAAGAGGAUGAUUGCAUAUUAAUAGAAUUCCCAAUGGGAACAACUGAUGUGUUGCUCUCCAAAUAAGAGAACUGGAAAUCAGGGAAGAGGCAACAGAUAUUAACUGAGGAAAAAAAAAGGUUCAGAAAAAUAAACUCCAUAGUGUAGGUGGUCAGAAGAAUAUUACAGUCUGCAGAGUCAUUGCUAAAUACUUUGACUAUACAGUCAUUCCUCUGUAUCCAUGAGGGUUCUGUUUCUGAAAACCCUGGGAAUGAUGAAUUGGCGAGUGCAGAGUUUAAUAACAUAUGCUUAAAAAUAGGGUUAGGUUCCCAGGCCACAAGAUUAUGACUUUUUCCCUGUUAUUUCUGGGGUUUUGUUUGGGUCAAAAUAAUAAAUGCUAAAACUUGUGAAAUAAAAGUUAAUAUUAAUAGAAUAAAAUAUUAAAAGCAAUUGCAGUCUAUCGUAACUUACUGACAAAGACGAGAUGUUCUGCAAACCGGGGCCAGGCGUUGAUGGGUGUCAAAAAGUGUGGCACUAGAAAAGCGCAGCUGGUCAGGCAGUGUCCGAG